AUGUCCCAGCCUCCAGGCCGGGGGGGGGGGGGCGCCCCCUCUGCCCCACCUGGACGUUGCCAUGGCACCCGCCGGUGCCGCCCCAGACUCGACCACCCCCUUACCACGGCGCUUGCGGUGCUCCUGCACUUCCGGCCCGGAGGCAUCUAUAGACUGCGCCGGAAAACGUGCCCGCCGGCCUAUCGGGCCCGCUAUUUGCAUGUCGUUUGCAUCUUAUUUCCAUACCGUCCUCCCGUCUGGUUGCGUCUCGUUGGCGUGCGCCCUCCGAGGCCGCUGCCCCGGAGGGGGCCCGGGAGGCGCGGGGGACCGCAGACACGGCCGCGGGGGGCGGGGGUGACGUCACGGCGCGGGGGUGACGUCAGGGUGCGGGCGGUGACGCCGCGGCGGCAUGAGUCACGCGGCCGUGAUGCAGCCGCGGCCGCCCGGGGCCGCCCGCCCGGCAGCGCCGCCAGCGGGACGCGGGGACGCGGGGACGCGGACGGGCGGACAGGCGGCCGCCCCCCCUUUUCGGCCCGCUUCUCGCCUGGGGGGGGCCCGGGGCCGCGCCGCCCCCCCGAGCUCGGUCGCCGCGGAAAGACGGCUCUAAGCGCUCUGCUGCGCUGCUUCCCCUGCGAGCGCCUGUGCGGGGGGUGCACGGUGCCCCCCGCGCCCCCGCGGCCGCCCGGAGCCCUGCCGCCUGCCGCGGCCCCCCGCCGCCGCCUGCCCCCCGCCGCCCGCCUGCCGCCCCGCACCUUCCGCAGCUACCUGCCCCGCUCGCACCGCACCUACAGCUGCGUCCACUGCCGCGCGCACCUGGCCCGGCACGAGGAGCUCAUCUCCAAGUCCUUCCAGGGCAGCCAUGGCCGUGCCUACCUGUUCAACUCGGUCGUUAACGUGAGCUGCGGCCCGGCCGAGCAGCGCCUCUUGCUCACUGGCCUCCACUCUGUGGCUGACAUCUUCUGCGAGAGCUGCAAGACCACCCUGGGCUGGAAAUACGAGCAAGCUUUUGAGAGCAGCCAGAAGUACAAGGAGGGCAAGUUCAUCAUCGAGAUGUCCCACAUGGUGAAGGAGAACGGCUGGGACUGAGGGCACAGCGGGGCCCCCCAGUCCCCCUCCUGUGCCUGCAGCCCCUACGCAUGCAUGCCUGCAGGCGCAGCGCCUGUGGGCCGCUUUUGUACCAGAAUAAAGGCUUUUUUCUAGGA